AUGGUGACAGAUCAAAGUGUCCGAGAGCAUUCUCAAGACGGUUACAGCAAACGCGGUCGCACUGACGGCGCUGAUAACAGCAGCGGAAUCCAAUAUCGCGUUGAGUAUUGUGAUGCAACCAGUGGUAACAUCAUUCGAGAUGAACAUGUCAACAGUUUCGAUUACAGUUCUCAACCCAUUUCUAUUGAGACAGUGUUCGUGCUCAUCCGGAGAUACAGCAUCCGAGGAAGAUCCGAAAUGAGCACAGAGGACGAGUCCAAGAAGUUUCUAGCAGCUCGUACCUAUGAAACACCUUCGUAUCAUAUGCGGAUAACGUCCAUGGCGGUGGUAAAUGCUUUGCGCUCAGUGGUACGCUACUAUCCAGAUCAAGAUCUCUCGGGUGAUGCAAUAACGAUCCGUCGCCCUUAUCCAGUGCUGGUUCAUCACUUCGACGAACUGAUUGCCUUUCGGGACAGGUGUGCGUCUGUUCCUGUAGAUCAAGAACUGUGUCAACGAGAAGAAAACGCUGCUGAGCACCUCACUCUACUACUAGACUAUUUGGACAAGACUAUCAUGCCGGGAGUACGGCUCGAACAGGAUCGAAUUAGACGAGGAUAUACUACUUGGGAGUAUCAGUGGCUACUGUUCAAACCAGGGACGACGGUUCUCGAACUAGUUGGGGAUGAUAACGAUGAAGCUGAAAAACUGCGGCCAAAGGUGAUUUACGGAGUAAGGGGGGGUACAUUGAAUGAUCCACCCAGCAGCUGGAGCAUCAGUAAUUGGAAUUUCGAGCUCGAUGUCAACGUGGCUGUGCGAAUGAGGCUUUGGACUACCCUCGAUAAGUGGGACGGAGAGAUGCCGCUCAAGUUCGGUCUCCUCGAGAAUGAGGCUCCACGAUCUGAUCUGACGGCAAGAAAAUUUGUGGAGAGUGGUAAGCUGUUGUGGAGUAUGCUGAGAAAACAAUGUCGGUACUAUAACGGCAAGACUAGCAGGACACCAUUCCGAAAGGUUGAAAGUAUGGUAAUGUUGGAUUGUUCAAUGUACACCGAAAUGGAUGGCAGUGGCAAUACAAUCCAUCCUAUUUUCGAGGUCGAUACAUCAGACCUCGUCGCCCGGCGAUCGGAUUGUUCAUGUAAGGUUUGUGAGCAGGAAAAAGUUGGACGUGAUAGCACGUUUACUUCGGCGUUCGAAGGCUACGCUUUUCUUAGUCCAUAUACUCAUGGGACUUUGCUCGAUCAUCAAUACAUGUUGUUGCCUGUCGAAAUACCAGCUUUCGUCUUCAAAACGCGCGCGUGGGAGUGGCUCCGUGUUUCGAAAUUUUCGGACCCGCAAUUCGACGAGAGCAUGAUAAACAACUUGGUGAUGGACGCUGAUCGAGUUCGGAGCUUAAAGGCGCUGGCAAAAAGUUUUUCAAGGACCAACAAAGAUGGAGAGGCCAUGACGAAGGGACAAUGGACCGCCGAUUUUGUGAAGGGAAAAGGCCACGGCUUGAUCUUCCUCCUCCAUGGUAAGCCUGGCGUUGGUAAGACAUGUACCGCUGAAUGCAUUGCGGAGUUUACGAAGAGGCCACUCAUGAUCCUCACGAGUAGCGACAUAGGCAUCGAGCCAUCAAAGAUCGAGGAAACAUUGACGAACAAAUUCAAAAUGGCCAUGAGUUGGAACGCGGUUCUCUUGAUCGAUGAAGCGGAUGUGUUUAUGGAAAGGAGGUCAUCUAGUGACCUCACCCGGAACAGUCUUGUCGCCGGGUUCCUGCGUGCACUCGAGUUCUAUGAUGGCAUUCUCUUUCUCACGACUAACCGGGUCGGCAGUUUCGACGACGCAUUCAUUUCACGUAUUCAUGUCAAAAUCUACUACCCUGACUUCACCAACGAUCAACGCCAGCAAGUGUGGCAAACAUUUGUUGACAAACUCAAGAAGGAGAGAGGAGAUUACAUGCGUCUCAGUAUUGAAGCUAAGGAGUACAUGAAGGGAAAGGUAAUGGGAGGAAUCAAGUGGAACGGAAGAGAGAUCAGAAAUGAACAAAUGCAAUACGACCGCAAGAGGACUUGUGCUGAGGCUCAGACAGCAUUUCAAACAGCAGUGGCGCUUGCGGAAUAUGACUCGGAGAAGGACGAGGAGGGCAAGAUUCUACUCACGGAUGAGCACCUCCGAGCCGUGGUCGAGCUGUCCAAGGAGUUCAAAGACUACAUUGACACACUGUACAGAGCAGACGAAUCCAAACGUGCGGAAAGGAAGCAUGAGCGUUUGGACGAUUAUCACCCAAAAUAG